GGUCGCUCUUUACUCCGGAACACCAGUAAACAAACCGUACAGGAGAGAAUACUGAGCGAACCCAGCCUCUAGAAAAGUGAAUGCGGUUUCUAGUAUUCAGAAAAUCUUCCACAAGUAAAGAAUUAUCUGUUAACAUUUACACUUAGAUGUAAACUGGGCAGCUGUUCUGCCAGUAUGGCCUCAGCUCGCACCUUGGGCUCAACGUGCAGCCCUGCGCUAACUUCCCCUGCAACACAGGUGUCCAACAUGUUGGACUUUGCUGCAGAACAAAUGAUGGUGCUCAAAGAUUUCCAGGCAGCUUUUGACACAUGCGAAAGGGGUCUGGAGAGUCUGUCCAACGUGGAGCACGACGACAGCAGGUGAGUCUUUAUGCACCUGGAUGAUGUACUUAAAUACAGCCUGUACCAUAACUGAGUGUAUUUCUGUGUGUUUGACUCUUCAGAUAUGGAGAAUUCAAGGCUGGUUUCUGCAUCUUGGGAGUUCAAGCACUGGCUGAGAUGAAUCAGUGGCACGGGGUCCUCUCUUGGAUCUUGCAGCAGUAUGAGGACCAGGAAAGGAUACCGGCUAAAAUACUGCAGAUGUGGUGAGUAUGAUUACAUACAGCAAACUCAGAACAAAGAUAGCAGGUAAGCUACCUUGAAGCCACCGAAAUAGCUCAUUGAGGGCCAUUUUCAGAACUUCUUGGAGUUGAAUAUGAUUAAAGGUGGGAUAGGCAGGAUUCCGUUAAAGAAGCAUCUUUUUUUUGUGGUGUAAAUACAAAAAAAGCUUUUCAUAUCAGUCAAUAGCUAUUAGUUAUUGAUGACAUUUGGUAAUGUAAUGAUAUCUCUGUGUUUUGUUAUGUCUGUGUAGUCAACAUCUAAAUUUUUUGAGCGGCCCGCUCUUUCCGACUGUAAACAAAGCCAUUUUCUGCCUCUCCCAACCUGAUUGAUUGUGAGGAGGACGUUGCUCCCUCAUAACAUUCAUGAGCCCAAACAAAGUUAGCAUGCUACAAUAUCGGACAGUGGAAACCAACCACGAAGUACGGAAAAUUGUCUGAAUCUUCCUUUGACCACGACCGCCAACACAAGCAAGAAAAUGAAGAAACAACAGUUUUUGGACUACAGUAAAAUUAGUUUCUGAUUUGCAGUGUCUAGAUUAGCUAUUAAUGGAGAAGGUGACAUUGCUGAUCUGCAUCCCAUCAGUUUUGUUCAGUUUCAAAUGUUUUGUAGAGUUUUUCUUACCUUCAGACAAGCUGGCUGACUAAGUUUUCAUUUCAUCGACCAGGAAAUAAGCAGCUUUGAGACAUCCUUGAUUAGGAGGUGGUUCAAUGUGGUCAAGGCAUAAAAAACAACUAAAUUGUCCUUUUUUGCAUUUUCACAAAUCGAGUUACCUUUUACAAUUCUGAAACAGUAAUCUUAAAAGUCUGUUGGCUCUAUGGGAUUAUCUAGUCCAGAUUUGACAGGUCUGUUAAGAGUCCCCGUAAUAUGUGCAAUUUGUGUUCAGUCCCCAUAAACCACAUUCACCUGUUAAGAGUCCCCAUAAUAUGCACAGUUUGUAUGGAGACCCUAUAAACCAGAAAAAUCUGUAAUAUGUUGGGACUUUAUGUUUCCUCUUUUUUGGCAGCAUACUUCUUUACUCCAAAGUGGGCGAGCCGGCUGUGAUGCAGGAGGCAGCCCAGGUUUGGUUACACAGCCCGUCCAACAGCAGAGUGCCAGGGUUCGGGACGGUGGCUGAGCUGUACCUGCUGCAUGUCCUCAUCCCUCUUGGACAGAAAGACGAGGCUCUGGAGCUGAUUGUCGGUGAGGUAGGAAGCAUAGCUUUCACAGAAGACCAGAGACGGGCAGCGCUGGAGGUCUUAGAAGAAAAAGAGAAACAGAGUGAAGAGUCACCUCCAAAUCCUAGAACCAGUCCAGACCCUGAGACUCCUGAAGUUGCCGUUUCCUCUGAAGGUCAGGUCAAUUCUUUUGAAAUUCAGUAUGAUAAAUCAUGUAAAAAAAAAUGACCUUUCUGGUUUUUGUUUGUCUUCUGCAGGAUCUGUGCUCCACAGAUUUGAAGCCAUGCUCCGUUUUUUGUACAGAAAACUGUUUGUGUCCAGUUCCGGCUCAGUACAUCUACGAAGAGUCCUCCUGGCUGCUGUUCUUCUCUACAUGCUUUUUGUUCGAUUGGAUCCAGGUUGGCUCAAAGUUUCUGGCCAGAUCAAGGUCAUCAUAAAGGAGGACACACCAAUCUAAUUAAUCUUCUUAUUCUUUUCCGACAGCUCUCUCAUCCUCCUUCAUGUGGAUUUCUAAACUUCUACAGCUGCUGAAACAGAUGUGGACAGCCAUGUUUGCCCCGUACUACCAAGCUGUGACACAGAGGACUUCAUAAGACUGAACAAUUUCAUAGAUUUAACUAUUUCAGGUUUGUAAGCAGAGAUUAUUUUUCUCCUGUUAAAGCUGCGGUGAGCAGUUUUUAAACGAAUAGGAAACCGACUGAAAUGAACAAUGAUGUCUCUUUAUUAUCUAUAAAGGCAGAUAAAAGACCAAUACAAUCCUAUACUGGAGUUUUUAAUACCUGUGAUCACUGUGAGGAGGUAGGUGUCGGACAAAAACAGUGACAGCCAACUGUUGAAACCACCAAGUUAAUGUUUUCCACAGCAACUGAUUUUUAUAGGUUGUAAAAAAAACAUAAAAACUAAUAGCAGCAAGGUGAACAAAUGAGUGAAUUAAACAGAGGGUGGCAUUGUACCACAGUCUGAGGUAGUACACUUGGCAGAAGCCUCAAUUCAAUAAAAUUCACAGCCUAAAUCCUCCCACAGGGGUUUCACUUCUUUAAUUAUAACAAUGUAUUAAAAAGAGGAAGCUCAAACAGUCAAAAAUUGCAGGGCAGAAACCAGGCGUAAGGUUCUGCACAGUCACCACACAGUAAGAAAGCUCUAGUUUGAGUCGCCCCCACUGAACUGCUGUUAUGUAAAGGAAAGUUAAUCUACUUAACAAGUAGGUCAAGUCCCUUACACCUACAUGGGAAUUUUGCACACAUUAUAUUUGUAUAAUAUGAAAAUUGAUUCUAAACUCAAUGUUAACCCCCAUAAAAAAGGCAAACUUUGUGGAUAAGAUGAAAUGAAGUUGACUUAAAGCUUUGCUGGAACUUAAGCUAAAAUACCCUUUGAAUAUCUAUCAUUAUCCAUUAUGUUUGCAUUACUGUUGUGCAAUACUACCACAGACUCCAAACCAAACAGUCCCAACAAAAGCAGGCAGGAUCAUGGAUAAGCUCCGUAGAUGAGAAAUUUCCCUGUGUGUCAACAUUUGUCUGAAAAACUGGAAAGGCCAAAAAGCAUCACCAGGCAACCCUGAAGAUAAGGUGAUAAAGGCUGCUGAGCCAAUAUUUCCAACGUAGGGCAGACGGUUAACACCAAACUUACACUCUACCCUGAGCAGUGCUUUUGAGCAACCAGAAUGUGCAAAAAAUAGGCUGUUAUAAUCAGGAAGGUCGGUGGUGUGGGGGGAUAGGGCUGCCGCCCUCUCAAAUGAUUCUGAGUUUAAAUCCAGUGCUGAGAAGUUGCAAGAUUGAGGCAGCAACAGUUCAGGGUCGAGGCAGGAAAAGUGGAAGUAAUAGUUCAUGAGAAGGGAGGGAGAGGGGGUGAGGGGGAAAAAAGGACAAACAACACACAAAUGAAAGAGAUGGUCCAGAAAGCUAUGAUGGCAGACAGAGGGAGCAAAUUAAUUCUGGAUUAAAUCUGAGUAAGGACUGAAUAGUUGACCCCCAUUAAGAUAACGGAUUAUAAACAGACAGUAACAAGUUCAGGCCCCAGACUCUGCUUAGUCAACUGUGAGCUUUUUUGUUUCUUUUUUAACUCGAGUAAAUUACCACUCUCAGUUCUUUGGAAAUAAAGAGUUACCAAUAAACAAUGGCCUCAUUUCCAACAAUGUAGACUUGUUUUUAUGUUUAGGUGUGGCAAUCCUCACCACUAUGAGCCUUAUCUUGCAGUUGUAUUUUUCUGUGUUACCCUGUUUAACGUAAGGUUAACUUUUUUAAUGAUUCCUUGAACUGAGUUCCAGUAAUUCUUUUGAAGUGUUAGCCACUGGUCUGUGCCAUUUUCCUGACAGUUUGAUAUUUAAGUGUUUUGUGUGUGUGUGUGUGUGUGUGUGUGUGUGUGUGUGUGUGUGUGUGUGUGUUUUCAUUAUCCAAAACCUCUUCCUACAGCUCGGGGGGGAAGUGAAAACAAUGACUGAUACAAGAGAAAAGGGACAGAAGCACUUACUCCUGCUAUGCUCAGCUUAUUUUUAUAAAUGGGGAUUUUUCCAUGAAAAAGUCUGGAACUUCCACCUUGGCACUUAAGAAACUGGAUAUUCCUGAGGACUAAAAAUAAAAACAGCUUUUUUUUUGUCAGAACACUGUCCCUUUGACAUUUUGUUCUUCCUUUGUACAUAUAAAAUUACUACUUCUCCAGCCAAUAAUAUUAGGGACUGCAGUGGGUGUCCUUUUUAGUAUGCAGUCAGACCACUUUUUUUGGGGGGGGGAUCAUGCCGAAGUGGUGGUUCUAAACUCUGGUUCUGGUUUUUCAUGUUUUAAAUGCCUUCCUGCAUGAAAACACCUGACUGUGUGUGAUGAGAUUGUCGUCAGCAACUAAAGUGGUUAAAAUACAGUCGAUCAGUCAGGUGGGAAGCAGGUAAAAAUCUCUUGUCCCAAUAAUGAAUGACUUGUGGUUGCUUGUACCAAAAAAUGUGCUUCGUUUCCCCUCUAUCUGCUCUAACUCAAGCUCCACAAAGUAAACAAAGGAUGUUCAUGUUCAGAAAUAUUCUAGUGUUGCAUCUUGUUGUGACUGAGAUGAGCUGUCAGUAUCUCAACUCUCUGCUGUGCAGAGGUGCAAUGUGCACUCUAAUCCUGACGCUUCUAUUAUAUACAUUAUAGCCUGUAUGAUGAGCUGAAUUGAGAGGAACAAGUCUUUACCAUUCUAUUUAGGGGUAAACUACAGAUGUAACAAGAUUUUUUUUUUUGCAAAAAGCAGCUUUUUUUGAAUAGAAAAAAAUAUACACCAUGGUGCAUCAUGACACAGCUUGUAUGUAAACAUAGUAAUGUUUAGUAUUUGCAGGUCAUUAAAUAGUAAACCUCUUGUCUUAAUCACUGCAAAAUUUGAGGAACACUUGGAAAUGACUUCCAGCUCUCAACAAAUUAAAAAAAACUCACAAAAA